AUGGCCGACCCUGAUGACCGGGUGGUUCAUCGGCUCGGGACCGCCGACUAUGAACAGCCUCCCCACCAAACAACCCACCACGUUCGUUCAGACUCAAACUCAGACUUGCCUCAUCCCAACCCAGCCGAGGAGACCAGCUCGCUACUAAAUCCGACGGUAGAUUCUUACCAACAUCGGCCAGCCAAUAAUACCACCACCACCAGCUUCCUCCGAUAUCCUCCAGCCUGCUCAGACUACAUCAACCCUGAACAUCCUCAUCCGCCUGCCUGCUCUAGCCCCCCUCAGUCCAUCGACAGAAACUACCAGCUCGACAGCGAUCAUCAGCCUCCCAAUCAGCAUCAUCAGCUACCCCCAUCCAGUCUUCAGUCUAAUCCCUAUCAGGAUGUCAUUCUCGAUCGUCCAGAGCACCAGACUUUGCUCUACCCCUUUCCUAGUACUGCUAACCCCUCCGCUUCGCCCCCUCGCCAUCCACUCUCCUUUGUCUCAACCACUCCCUCAUCCCGGCCUUCUUACCACAGCCGUACCAACAAUUCAUUGGACAACCUCUUAACCCACUCCUCAACCCCAUCCUAUUCCUAUUCCUACAACAACAACAACCCUGGCGCCCCCCCUCACACUCGACCUCACCGGCUCCUCCCUCUCCUCCCGACCCACUCCUCCCCCACUCAAUCUCCCCUCUCUAGUCCGACUAUCAUCGAGACCCCUAACAUGCCCCCUCACUUCCAUCACGACAAUCCCUCUCGGCACCCUGACAACCUCUCGCCCUUUAAUAUCCUCUCCCAGUACUCGCCUCCCCUGCCUCCCCCACAGCAACCGCCUCAUGCUCCCUAUCUGUUCCCUCAACCCAACUCACUUCUCAACUCGGUCGACGAGUUUAAAGGCACCUCCACCCAGGAGUUCAAGUACCCCGAACAGACCGCGAAGAAUGCUGGAUACCCUAAAGAAUUCAAAUCUCCCACCGAUCCAGCACAUCAGAAGGCUCGGGCGGGAAAGUCCUCAGAUCUACGUCGCGCGUAUCACCGAAAGUUUUUGAUGAUCGGCUACCGUCGAUUGGCGAUCAUCACCAUCGUUGGCCUGUUGCUGAUUCUUGCGGCUGUGGCAGUCAUCAUCUACACCCACAUCAACCGAGCCCAUAAUUCAGACGUCACGGGUGAUUCUGAUGGCGAUGUGGUCGGACAAUCUGGCCUCGGAUCUGCUCGAAACGCAUCCUCGUCUACAGGCAUCGACCCUUUCAACGCCACCCAUUCUGCCUUCGGACCGGACAAUGGUCUGAGAGGAGGUAUCAACGGCUAUGACAGUCUGGUGGUAUUUGGUGCCAGCUAUUGUGACAAUGCCCAUGCCCGCCCGGCGAAUCUGCGCCACAGUCUGAAACCUUCACCAUAUUAUAAAGGUCGCUGGACAAAUGGAUUCGUUUGGAAUGAGUACCUCUCGGCGAUCAUCGGACCAGGUGGGAGACCGACAACACUGGUUAACUACGCGUUUGGCGGUGCAACGGUUGACAAUGGCUUGAAUGAAGCACCCGUGCCUGAUCUGGAGCAGCAGGUCAACGCCUUUCUAUCUGAUCUGAGUGCCCAAUCUGCUGGUGCCGGUCCUUCGAAUGGGAAGAGUUUGAUUGCGAUAUGGGUUGGGAUCAAUAGCAUCACCAAGAUUUGGAAUUCAGUGCUAAAAUCAGAGGUCCAGGCGCACUCUCAAAUGGAUGUACAGGAUAUCACGACGAGAGCUCAGCUCACCAUCAACUCAACUGUCGAUCACAUCUUCGAAGUCGUCACCAAUCUAAUCCAUACGACCGCGUUCAAGGCUGCCGUCCCGGAUCUCUUGCUAUUACCAAUCCCGCCGGCCCAGUUAUUGCUUGUCAAUCUACGAGCAGCGAAGGGCAAUCUGGGCGCGCUUCGAACUUUAGCCGCGCUAAACGACCUCUUCAAUGCCCGGUUUGCGGAUAAGCUGGUCAGCUUCCAAGACAGUCUGGCCGCUGAACAGAGAGUCUUCACCUUGGAUAUCCCGACGAUCUGGCACAAAUUUAUCGAGGAUCCCGCAUCAGCCAAGUUGACUGUCGUCGACCAACCCUGCUUGACCAAGUCUGGCGUUUGUAGCUCGCCCGACUCGUACCUCUUUUGGGACACCCUUCAUCCCACAACGCACAUCCACGAACAACUAGCCUUGAUGAUGGCCCGAGAAAUCAAACGUUGA